AUGAAUUUAUUGAAGAAAAUCUUCUAUAGAGAAUAGCCAAAGCAAACGGAAAGCUAAUUCUUUAGCCCUAUGAAUGAAAAGAUUGAAGAAUUUUAAAAGAAGUUAAACGUAUUGCCUUACGAACAUAGUCAAUAUGUUAAUGAAAUUAUCUAACAGAUUAAUUCUUAACUCAAAGACUUAAGGGAUUAUGUUUAAUCAACAAAAUUCUAUGUAAGCAAAGUCUUUAUAUUUUAUAUUGUUUUUUUAGGUACUACUUCUGCAGGAAAAAGUACUUUCAUAAAUUCCCUUUUGGGUUAAUAAAUAUUGCCUUCUAGAAAUUAAGAGUGCACUUAGAGUAUGAUUCUAAUCUCAUACAAUGAAAGAAUUCUUUUAAAUGAUUAAGUUAUCAAUUCUUUAGACUAAGCUCAGUCACUUUUAUUAGAAAUGUAAUAAAAUUAAAAAUUUGAAAUUGUCAAUCUUCAAGUUCCUUCUCUUUUUCAUCAAUAACUUCCUCUUGAUUUGAGAAGUAGAAUUGUAUUUGUUGAUACGUAUUCUUAUUCAUUAUAUAAAGACCGGGAAUCAAAAUUAGUGAAUAGAAAAUUUAUGAAAACCAUUUCUAAUUGAUUGAUGAAUAAUUAAUUGGCAAUAAUCACAGAAUUAAUCUAUGGAUUAGCAAUUACACUACAUUUGAUAAUGAUAAAGAAUUAUAAAAUCAAAUAAUUAAAAUUUUUACACCUAAAGCUUAAUCAUAAAGAUUAAAUAAUUAAAAUAGUUCCUUAUCGGAUAUAAUUGUUGAAGAUUUUUAAGAAAUUUAAAAACAACAAUUAUUAGCCAGUACAAAUAAUAGUUAAGAAAGCAAUGAAUAGUUAUUAAUAUCUAAUAAGUCUCAAAUAGCUACAUUGUUUUUUAUUCUUAAUAAAUAUGAUGAAAAGAAAGGAUCUGAAGACAAAAAUAUUGAUCUUAUAUUAAAAGAAAUAAGUGAUAUUAUUGGAAGUUAGAAUAAUAUAUUUAAGAUAUCUGCUUUGAGAGCUAUGAGAUAUAGAAUUCUAAAUUAUGGUAACAAAUAAGCUAUUGAUAAAUUAAUUUAAUCUUAUUUUAUAGAUUUUAGAGAUAUUGAAUAAUUUAUAACAAUAGAUGAUUGUAAAAAAUAUUGCGAUUAAAAAAUUAAGAAUAACCCAAAUCUCUUAUAAAAUUAAGAUUAUGAAAGAUUCAACAACUAAUUAACUUAAUCUAUCAAAAAGGAAAUUUGUGAAGCUUUUUAUGGAGAUAUUUAUAUUUAAAUAACUUAAUCUUUGAUCUUUCUAGAAUUUGUUAUCAACUCUUAAUAUAUUAAUAUGGAAACAUAGUUAUAUGAAAAUUUAGAAGAAGUAAUUAAUAACUUCAUAGAUCUUUAAAUUAAUCAUUAUUUUGAUUGGAUAAAUAUAUUUAAAUAAGAUGCUUUAAAUUAAAUUACAGUAAAUUUUAAAUAUAAUAUACCAAAAUCAUCAGAAGAUCGUUAAAAAAUGAUUAUUUCAACCUGCACCUCAGCAUUAAAAACACUAAUUGAAUUAGAAAUCAAAAUAUUAAAAUUGAAUGAAAAUAUUAAAAAUGCCAUAAUAAAAAAAAUAGAAUCUAUAUUUUCACAAUAAAAGAUAAAUGAUUUAAAUCUAAGUGUUCAAAAUACAAGAGAAAAGGAUUUACCUAUUAUUGAAGGUUGUCUUUAGUUAUUUAAGAUUUUAUGUGAUAAUAAAAUAUUAGAGAUAUCUAAAUAAAGUUUUGAAUAAUAUUCUGAAAAUGUUAAGAAAACAGUAGGAGUCAGAAUAAAUCCAAUUUAGUAAAAUGCUGGAUAUAUUUCAACUGGAUUAAGUAUUAUUGCAUUAUUAGGCAGAAGAUUUGCUUUUAAAUCUGUGAUGAGUUCUCCAAUCUUUGCAGCCAUUGGUUUUGGAUUAAUGUCAUUUAACUUUAAUUUUAUAUUUACUCAAUCCUGGUACUCAGAAGACAUUAUUUUAUCACAAUUAACUGUAAAUUAUAUUUAUUAUAAUAUAUAGUAAUUAGAAUCCUAAUUAAUUCUGCAAAUCAAUGAUUUAGAAAAUAAUCAUAGAAGAAUCAAUCAAAAAACAGCAACGAGCAUUAAAAAUUUUUUAAGAUCUUUGACAUCUAUUUGA